CCAUGUUCAAAUACAUGUUCAUUUCUUUCACAUUUUAGAGGUUUCUGUUGUUUCUAAACCUUUAGAUUUUUUCAGUCAAAGGGAGAACCUUGAUGGGCAAUUACAGGUUUAGGUUAUCUGAUAUGAUGCCCCAUGCCUGGUUCUACAAGCUGAAAGACAUGGGCAGAGCCAGAAAGCAUAGCAAAACCAAUCAUUCCAAGAAAAAACACCACCAGACGUCUCCUCCUUCAACAACAACAACACAGCCAUCAAAAAUAAAGCAACCCCACCAUUUUUGUCCAAGAAAGUCUUAUUACUUCACUAGAGAGCUUAUCCCAAGUGAUAGAUUCUAUGCUUCUCCUACAAACACCAAAUCAUCAGAUGGCCAUUUCCCUGACCCACCAGGAAAAUCUUCUAAACAACGGUCCAGAAAAAGAAAUAUCAGGUCUUCUCCCAAGCUUGCUACCGCCUCUGUUUCUACCGGUUGUAGCUGCCGUGCCACACUCUGGACUAAGGCUGAUUCUCCACCAGAAUACUCAGCUUCUUCCCCUUCUUCGUCCUUUUCUGAUAGCUCUUCAGAACAAAAACUUUGCGAGUCUUUCCAGCAAGAAUUCAGGUCUGACUGCAUUCUUACUACUGAAUCAUUCGAUGACAUGUUGUCCUGGUCGCGUUCUUGUAGCUGCAAAGUCAUGAAUUCUAAAGCUAAUAAUAUUGUUAUCGAUACUGAUAACAAGUCUUCUGUCAAGAAAUUCGAAAAGCUGGAUGAGUUCGACAAAUUGUCUGAGCUUGAACUCCCUCCGAUCAUAACCAAGCCGGCUAAAUUCAACGAUAUGGUAAAAGAUGUCAAGAAGAAAGAGCAGAAUAAUGAAUCAACCAAGUAUAGAAGGAGUUCAGCUAAAUUUGAAGGAAAAAACGCUCAUGGUUCACUGUCUGUCAAGGUUGUGAAGGAAGAGAGAAUUACAGUGAAAGAGAAAAAGAACACUAGUCCUGUUAGGAAAUUUUCUGUUAAUUCUCCUGGUGUAAGGCUUAGAAUAAAUUCUCCAAAAAUUGCAAGAAGAAGAAUCCAGGCUCAUGCUCGAAAAAGUGUGUCAUCAAGUUCAAGCUCGACCUCAAGGAGGAGCCUGCCGGAUAGUUUUGCCGUAGUGAAGUCGUCGUUUGAUCCACAGAGAGACUUCAGGGACUCAAUGGUGGAGAUGAUUAUGGAGAACAAGAUCAGGGCAUCUAAGGACUUGGAGGAUUUACUUGCCUGUUAUCUUUCUCUCAAUUCUGAUGAAUAUCAUGACCUUAUCAUUAAGGUUUUCAAGGAAAUCUGGUUUGAUUUGAGUGAUGUCCGGUUGAAAUAAUUUCAUCCGAAAUACUUACGAAAUAUAGGUAUGUAUAUUUUCUCUUUUCUCUUUCUUUUUUUAGUCUUCAUUAUUGUCAUUGUCUUAUCAUUUUAUAAAUUUAUUGUCAUUUACUCCUUUCAAAUUAA